AUGUCGUCUAGUCCUACUAUCUACUCUCAGGGGUUCAAUUUUAGCGACUUUUUGCAGAAAGGCGUCGAUCCACGUACCGGCCAAUACACGUGUAUGGUUGAUCUAUAUGAAGCACCAAUUCAAGCCAGAAAUUGUCCUCCUUUCAAGCUCUCCUUAUCCUUCCAUCCCUUGAACACACAAGACAUUGGAUUGGGUCAAGGAUGGUCAUUCAACCUCCCUUCUUAUGAACACCGUCAGUCGAACCGAGUAGUUAGCCUCUCAACAGGCGAGUCUUACCGAGUUACGGAAACAUCCAGCGCAAUAUAUACCACCGAUCAAAAGCUUAAAAGUUCGAGUUUGAAGAAGUUAGAUGCCAAUACAUACCAGAUCACUUAUAAGUCGGGCCAAAUCGAGAAUUUGUCCAAUUUUAACAAUAGAUACAAUAAGUCUGUUCUUGUUGACUUAUAUGCAUCUACUGGACGCUCGCUAUCAUUUGUUUGGUCUGCACUUGGCGAGACUGCUCGCCUCGACAAGAUUCAGCAGGGCUCAGAAAUCCUUCUUGAAGUCAAGUAUGGCGCAACUCAAGUGGAAAUAACAAAGGCUCCGAAUACACCCGAAGCAGCUACAUUCACUCUCAUUCAAAGAAACAAUCAGUUGGUAGAGAUCCGUCUGCCUUGGGAUGGAGCAUCCUGGAAGUUUAGCUAUCAAAAGUUCGGUCAAAUGGUUCAUCUGAACAAUGUAACCAGUCCGUCCGGUCUUGUGGAAGAGAUUAGCUACAAAGAACAAGGGCAUCGGUUGCCAACAGGGGCCCCUUACCAGGCAAUUCCUUAUGCCAUAUCGCACAUUGCACGUCCAGGCAACUCACAACCUACAAUCACAACCUUCUACACAUAUUCCGAUCAAAAUUUUCUUGCAUAUGGUAGUAGCCAAAACUGGCGAAAUGGAGAAGACAAUCUGUUUCUUACCCGCGAUGAAUACCAAUACACGUCGACUGUUCAAAUUCAAGGUGGGAUGGUAACGAAGAACACUUAUAAUAAGUUUCAUCUUCUCAUCACUUCUGAACAACAGAAAGGCAUCAAACAGGUCACCCAGAAGAUCACAUACCAUGCGAUCCCAUUUGCGUCAUUUGAAAACCAACCUGCACAAUAUCAAUUACCCAAAACUGUCGAAACUAUCUACAAGGAUACAGCGAGUCAGGCAAUUCGCACAGAAACGAGCCAUCAUGUCUUUGACGAGUGGGGAAAUCCUACACAAGACAUCAAACCAACUGGUAUCCGAAUUGAUCGCAGUUACUAUCCAGCAGCUGGUGAGGGCAUUUAUUGUCCACGUGAUCCCCAUGACUUCCAAAGAUACUUGAAACGCGAGACGGUAACGCCAGCGAAUGCUGCGGGGCCAAUUCGCAGUGAGAAUUAUACAUAUGCCCAAAUGCCCACGGCAACCGGCGCAAAGACGAGUUAUCUUGUUAUCGUGCAGCAGAAGCAAAAUUUGGAAGGAAAUAAGCUUCUUACCAAGUUCGAUUACACUUACGUGAACAAUGCUACUGCAAGAGAUCAUACCCGCCUUCAGAGACAGGUGACGCGGCUCUUUGAUCAAUAUCCAACGACACAUAAUUGGACCUACACAUAUCCCAGUGGUAGCCAGUUCGUACAGACGAUGGCUACUACAGCUUUUGAUGCUUCUACAGUAGUGGAGGAAACGGGCUAUUCACUGUGGUCUGGACUUCCAGCGACACAUAAUAAUCAAACUGGUAUUUACACUCAUUACUAUUAUGACAGUCUCGGUCGCGCUUCCAAGACGGUCCACUCUCAAGGUACCCCCUAUGAAUCCGCUGAACGUCAGGAGUACAUUUUUCUUGGAGUCAACAGCGGAUCCCGCAGAACAGUGAUUGACACAAAGGGUGUACAAACUCGCUACAUCACAGAUGGUUUGGAAAGGCUUUGGCGGGUUGAGAAACAGGAUGGUCAAGUAUUUCGGGUGAUCCAGGAAAAUAGCUAUAACGCCCAGGAUCAGCUCAUUAUGAUAUCUGAUAUUGAUUGGCUGAGAACCGAGAAAUUAGAGUCACCAUCUGAGCAAAAAAGCAUCAAAUCGAUGGAAUAUGAUGAUUGGGGCAAGAUUCAUAGAGUAUCAGAAAACUCUGGCUUGCGUACAUUGACCAAUACAGAUCCAAUCACCAACACAAAAGUGGAAGGUGUUGAGGGCGAGGGUAUGACUAAGACCAAGUUGAACCUUUUUGGCGCACCCACACAAAUAGCACUUUACCACAAGAACAACACCCUCUACAGCAAGAUGGACUACACCUAUGAUGGCUUAAAUCGUCUUCUCAGGCAGCAGGAUAAUCUUGGUCGUGUAACCGAAUACAAACCCGAUUCCUUUGACCGGGUAGUUGAGACUACCUGGCCUGGUACUCGCGUUAUAAAGACACAGUAUGCGAGUCAAACCACUGCUUUAUUGCCGACUACAGUGAAGCUUAAUGACCGAACAGUGGGCGAGCAAUCCUUCGAUGGAUUAGGUCGUAUUACAAGGAAAGUUGUCGGUACACGAACUACUAGCCAAAGCUACCAAGGAACUUCGCCCGAUCCUACACAAAUAACCAACGCAAAGGGAGAGCAACACAACUUAACCUACCAGUCAGCUUUGGAUGGCGCACUUACGCAAAUAUCCAGUAGCAAUCACACAGAUACCUAUAAGUAUGACGCUGGAACUGCUGCUCCGUUGCAAUUUAAAGGUGCUUAUUCGACUCAUGAUCUACAAUAUUUGACUUCUGGGUUACUUUCCCGAGAAACUAUAUCUAUCACUGGAGGCCAGACAUUCUCUGCUCUUUAUACUUAUUCAAUGGCCGGAAAGUUGCAAAAGUAUACCGAUGCGAACGGGAAAUUGCAGGAAACUCAUUAUGAUGCGUUUGGAAGACCUCAACAGGUGGUACAAGGCAGAUUAAAAGUAUCAUUUGUCUACGACAGCGCUAGUCGUGUAACCGAAAGCCGUGUUCAGGACGAAGGAAAGAAUACAAAAAUAACUACCAAACUAGCAUACGAUGAUUUCGGUAGGGAAAUAAAACGAUCUGUAUACAGUGGAGAAUCAACAUUGAUAUAUCAUCUCAGCCAAACAUACAAUGGAAUUGGUCUUGUAGCUUCGCGCCUCCAGGAGAAAAGCAGUGGCGUGAUGCGAAGCGAAAGUUUCGAAUAUGAUGUCCAUAACCGUCUUGUCAAUUAUCAAUGCCAGGGAAGCGAGCCUCCUGCAGAUCAAUAUGGAAAUUUUCUUAGAUCGCAACGGUUCGUCUUCGAUAACUACGAUAAUAUUGUACAGACUUCCACAGUAUUUCAAGACGGCAGCUCAAACACUUCUGUUAGCUCUUUCAGCACACAAGAUCCUACUCAACUCAUUCAGAUCACCAACACACAUCCGAAUUAUCCAUCUAAAGCGGUUCUCGAAUAUGAUUAUAAUGGAUGCUUGACACGCGAUGAGCAAGGCCGAAGACUCCAAUAUGAUAACAUGAGCCGCUUGACCGAUGUGCGAGAUAACAACAAUGUUCUUGCGCAAUACCUGUAUGAUGCAGCGGGAAACCUCGCGUGUCAGAGAAUACCCAACCAGCCAGACACAAAAUUCUUUUAUAGGGGAUCGCUUAUAGCUGUACAAAAAGGAGAUCGUUCGGUUAGCUAUUUGUCGAAUGGAUCGGAGUAUUGGGGAGAAAUAAUUUCUCUGCAAGGCGGAAGCAUCGAAACCCAUCUAUGGGCUUCUAAUUGUCAACAAUCUGUUCUCACAACAUUGGAUUCUCAAAACCCUAACCAGAUUCAAACCCAGCAGUACACGCCGUAUGGAUGUUCUGGCUCGGGAGCUGGGUCUUCCUUUUCCUCUAUUAGCUUCAAUGGACAAUGGCGAGAUCCGGUUACAGGAUGGUACCAUCUAGGCAAUGGGUAUCGAGUUUACAAUCCCCAGCUUAGAAGAUUCCAUACACCUGAUCCUUGGGCUCCAUUUGCAUCCGGAGAAACCAAUCCUUAUGUAUACUGUUUAGGAGAUCCCAUCAAUCGAGUUGAUCCAAGUGGUCAUUUCAGUCUCUUCGGCAUGAAUUUUACGUGGAAAGAUCUCAUCAUGGUGGUAAUUGGGAUCGCCGUUAGUGUAGGUGUUGGAAUUUUAACUGGUGGUGCAAGCUUGGCUAUACAGGUUGGCGUUGGUAUCGCUGCAGGCGUUGUUUCCGAUGUAGCUUCUGGUAUGAUUGGAAGUGUCGCAAAUGGAGAAAAAAUAACUUGGAGAAGUGUUGGUUUGGAUGCUCUUGGUGGGCUGUUGGGUGGAAUAGGUGGCGAGAUUGGUGGCAAUAUUCUCAAGCACGGAUUUAAAGCCUCCAAGGCCUUGCCAACAGCUCUUAAAAAGACAGUAGGUCGGGCAGGCUCGUACAAUAUCACCAAAGCAGCGGCGGGCGGGGUUGCCAGUAAAAGUAUAACAGCUGUGAAGAGCGGAUUGCGAGCUUCUGCUCGAGGGCUAAUCCCUGGACAAGCAACAUCACGAGGAUUAGUACCUCUUAUCGCCCCUGAUCCUCAGGAUGAAAACGAGCAAUCUCAAGGGGGGUCUUCGAAAUUGGCAACCAAUAAUGGCAACGAUAAUUUCUCGACUGCCCCGCUAGGACGUUCCGGUCCUGCUCAAGUUGGUAGCCAGCCUUUCUAUCUUGACAAGGGAUCUUUCGUAACGAGAGAUGUCAUACGGCCACUCAUGAAAGAUGGCGAUGAUACCGCUAUGUCGACAUCAUUCAUGAGCAAUUAUGGCAAUGUGUCUAGUGCUGGGCAAUCCGCUGUUGCAUCCCUACUCGGGCGUGAAAUUAGGUUUACUUAUGGCCCACUAACCAACAUACAAUCGGAGGAAGAUUUUUAG